GUGUGCACAUUAACUAAUAGACUUCAGAUAUUUUUUCUUGCCUUUGACAGAGCAAAAAUGUACCAUCUGAUGAAAGUCUUCUUCAUCUUUAUAUCUAUUUGCAGAUUAAAUGCGUUAACUUUAGAAAUAUUAAGAGUUAAAAAGCAGAGUAGUAUGAAAGUUUUUGAUUUGUGGAAUUUGACAAAUUUACACUGUGGAGCUAAUACGGGAGGAGACCUCUACAGGCAUGAUUAUAUUGACAGAAUAGACAUAUCUUGUAUUGAUUAUUGGUAUAACUUCUUCUUUGAAGCCGGUCAAUUUAAAUAUGAAAUAAAAUACACUAAAUCUAAUCGGCAUAAAAUGUCUGGUAAUCUUGAGCAGGUUCUCCAGGAAAUUCCAGAUUAUACUACUGAGAGCGAUUUUUAUACUAAUGGCCAAUUCGACCAGUAUCUUACAAAUCAAGGUAACUAUGAAUACCUUUACAAAAGACCAAGUAGUAGCACAAUAUUUGCUGGAAUAUAUUUUGACCCUGCUAAUCCAGGUAGUAGUCCACAGUUCGUGUAUAGCACACAAGGUUCACCAUACACAGCGAAUGUGGACCCAUCGACGUUUAGCAGCAUUGAAACGGCUGAUUACUUCCGUGUAUAUCUACUGUUAAAUGAUAGCUGCGAUUCAGCAAGCAAAGUGCAAAAUUCAGGACCAUGUCCAGUCCCAACCGUUCCAACUGUAAACACUUCUAUGACAUAUGUGACACCACAGCCAGGAGCAACUCUUAAUCUUGAUUGUUGGUAUGACUCGCCAGUCGUUGUGAGUGGAGUAAAAUGGGCAUUUACGGACAAAAAUAAUAUAAACAGAGAAAUCAAUGAAACAACAAAACCGUCUAAAUACAGUGGCUCUACUUAUAGCACACCAACUCUUACAGUAAACAGCUUUUCCCAGUCUGAUGAAGGCCUGUACAUAUGUAUUGUGGAGAAUUUCAUGGGACCUGGAAUGAGCAAUGUCAUUAAUGCCAGCUUAGCACCUUAUGUUGAACCGAUGUGCCCAUGUAAUUGUGAGUAUAAGGAUAAACUAAAUUUUUGGGCAGCUCAGAACCAAACCAACCAUACAAUGGAGGAAUUGCGAGAGAUUUUAGCACCAGUUCUUCAGAAACUCGAAAAGGAACUUAAAGUUGAUACAAGUAACUUAUCAUCUACAGUCAAUAAAAGGAUAAGCGCAAAAGAUUCCAGACCAUCCUCGCAGAAAUUGGGAAUGUUAGGGAUUGUUUUUUUAAGUUUGAUCGUUGGUGGCAUUAUUCUUGUUGAUAUCACAUCGCUCCAAAGACACCGUGAUACAGUUAAGAAAAUUGGCACACGUGGUAGUCAAGAUUUGACCCUAACGGAAUAGUUUAAAGCGAAUUAGAGGAAUUUUUUUUUUUUUUUUGUGUUGUUUUUUCAUUAAAGUAAACUCCCUUAUCUUUUAUUCAAAUAGAAUUCUAAUGCAACAUUAUCACAGAUUUUGAAUGUAAUAAUUGACGUUGUUUUCUGUCAGUUUCAUUACAAUAUUGUAUUUUAAGCUUCGAUGGCAUCAAUUGGUGAUUUGAUGCCGUCGGAGCUUACAAUACAAUACAGUUAUCUCCUAAUUCUACAUUAUAUUUGAGAGUAAUUGAAAUUGUUUAUUAAUAAGUACUAGUCAUGAAAUUAAUGUCUGUUACAAAAAAUAUAGGCAAAUUUUUAUGUGUAAACACAUGUAUAUAUAUUAUGAUUAAAUCAUACCGACAUCUUUUAUAUUCUUUUUUUUUCUGUUAUUAGAAUCGUUUGAAAUAUGAAUGUUCUUGUUAUCAAGUUUAUAAAUAAAAAAAAUUUCGAUGUGUUUAAACCGAUUCAAGGUAUAAUUUAACUGCACAAAUUGUAAUGCUAAUUCCUAUUAAAACCACAUGAAAAUCCACAAAAUCAAGAAUUCCUUCAACAGCAUUUUACUCGAAUUUUGGGGUAGAGGAUGUUAAUUUGUGUGUAUGUUUUUAAAGUUAGUGUUUUGAAGUUUCUUCACUGAUUAUCCACUUUGAAUAAAAUUUUGAGUUUGAAAA